AUGGAUUUGCCAGAAAAUCUACAAGUAAUAAAGCUGGAGACGCCCACAACGCCUGAGAAGGCUGCCAAUAUUAAAGAGCGAUUAAACCUACACGUGAAGCGGCGGCUACAACAGGAUGUGCCCGAACCUCCGGUUGGCGAUCUAAGCCUAACCAGCAGCGAGAUCAGUAAGCGCAGUAAAGUCAGAGAAAUGUCGGUGGCCACAAAAGCCCGAAAGCCUUACCAGAAACGCGUAGAGAAAAUCAAAACAGACGCUAACAGACUCAAGAAAGCACAGAUAGCCAGUCCCGCCGCUGAGUUGGAGACGUCGCUACACGACGAUGGCCAGGAAAUAGAUGCCGCGCCAGAGAUGUUGGAAAGCAAAGCAAGCGGUCGUGAACGUUACAAAAACGCUGACAUCCUCAGCAUAGUAUUGAGCGCAAAGAAACGUGCGCUCUUACAGCAUCCGGAGGUGCAGGACUUCUGGUCCAAGAUUAUGGCUGCCAUUAAGAGCUGAUUAUUGUUCCGAGUUCCAUGACCCAGAUCCCCAAUACGAACGUAGUCAUUUGUACACUAAAAUUGCGUUGAUACUCUUAUUCACUGAAAAGUGUAAGGGUAUAUUGUUUUUGGCUUGUAAGAGUGUGGUAUAAGGACGCUUUACACGGCAGAUUUUAAGGAUGAAAUGUUAUAAAGCUGUUGGCCGGAGCCAGCCAUGUGAGAUUGCUAUGUACAUGCAUAUGUCAUAUGGGUGUCAUAGAAGCGGUAUGAUUUAAGGAGUUUUUGUAUCGAAAACUUUUAUGCAUAUACAAAUUUUGGAGCCAAACUAUAUUUUCAAAUAUAUUUUUCUAGAAUUUGA